AUGGGCGCUCCUCCAUUUAAAUUAGUACUCCUAGGAGACUCAUCAGUCGGGAAGACAUCAUUGGUUCAUCGAUUCACUACUGAAGAGUUUGAUCCAUAUACUUCGAAUACAAUUGGUGCUGCUUUCAUAACAAAGGAGUACCAUUCCUCUACUAACCCAGAUAAGAAGGUGAAGUUCGAGAUUUGGGACACUGCAGGCCAAGAAAGAUAUAGGUCUUUAACUCCCAUGUAUUAUAGAAACGCAAAAAUGGCCUUAAUAUGCUAUGAUUUAUCAAAUAUACCGGAAAGUUUUGAAAAAUCUAAAUUUUGGAUAGAUCAAUUGAGAAUUAACGACACAUCCAGUGACUCCCUGGAGAUAAAGAUCAGGGUGGUAGGUACCAAAGGCGAUUUAUUGCCAAACAAACCUACUCCACGGGAAAGUCUAGAAGCUGGCACAGAGACUUCUACUGAAGAAGAUGCUACCAACGAAGAACUCGAUGCUGUAAAUACGUAUUGCUUGGAGAGCAACAUACCUCAUUUUAUAACUAGUGCCAAACUCGGACAAGGAAUAUCUGAACUAUUCACUUCCAUUAUAGACGAAAUAGACGAGUCUUUUUGGGAUUUAUAUAACCAAAAUCAAUUGGAACAAGAACGGAUAGCGAAAAAUGGACAACUGUUCGGCACGAUAGACUUCUUGAAUGCAAGGUUCAAGAAAACGGAAACGUCAAAAAGCUGUUGUUCGUGA